AUGCCGUGCGCUGUGCCCGUCAGGGCGCCCCCGCUGCGCCACGGGCGGCUCUGCGCGCGCAAGGGGCGCGACGUGGCGUGCUUCGGGAAGAAGGGACAGAGGAAUCGCGGAGGCAAGCGGCGAAGCAAGGGCGGCCUGGGCAAGGGCAAGCUGCGCACCGACGGCCCGACGGACCGCGAGCGGCUCGCCGGAUACGUCGACUUCGGGCGCGCCAUGGGCGAGCAGCCUAGCCGGACGCGAGAGCAGCUAGAGGCCAACCUGCAGGGGGACGUCCUGGGCACGCUCAAGGAGGACGAGUUCAUGCGGGAGUUCGCGGACGAGGACGAGCGGGACCUGUAUUCGGACUUUGAUGCGUUGCUUCAGGGGCAGGACUACGCGCAGUCGGGCCUGCGCCGGAGCAAGCAGCUCGAGCGGAACCAGAACAUCGGGUCCGGUCCGCGCGAGGCCGUCCAGGCUUCGCUCGACGCCGCCCGCAUGCGCCGCGAAGCCCGCCCGCUCACGGCGGAGGAUUUCUCGCGCAAACGCCAGCAGCUGCUGACGAAGAACCGCAACCGCAAGGACAUCUUCGGGGACCGCGGCGGGCGCUCCGAGGAGGAGGCCGCCGCCGAGGAGGCCGCCGCCGCCGAGGCGGCCCUGCAGCGGCCGCGCCGCCCGGGCGAGACGGCAGGUCAGCCAGAGGACAGCGUCCUGUCUGCGCUGUACGAGGCCGGCGGCGCGCGCGAGGAGGACGUGGGCGAGGAGGUCGCGGACUUCACGGGGCGCAACUUCGCGUACAGUCCCGCGUCGAACGAGACUGCGCCGGAGCGUGUGGCGGAGUUGUACGCUGACUUCAAUGGGCUGAUUUCCGGGGAGGGACGGGACAAGAAGCGCGGGCGGGACAUCCGCAGGAGCGCGGCGAACAAGGCGCGCGGGCCCGCGCCGCCCGGGGCGCCGCCGCCGACGCCGGGGGCGCCGGUUGAGACUGCGGAAGGCCGCGUGGUGAUGAGGGCGGUGCAACCGGGCGUGCCGAAGCUGCGAGCGAAGCCGAAGGCGCCGCGGACUGAGGAGGUCGCGGCGCCGAAGGCCCCGCGGAAGGCGGCCGCGGGCGGCGAGCCGGCGAAGCGCACGGCGGGCACACGGCAACAGAGGCAGGAGGGCGCUGGUGCGAGCGGUGGCGGGCGGAAGGCGAGCGCGGGGCGGAGCGAGGCGGGUCGGGGUGCGAGGGAGGCGGGGCAGCGGCGCAAGGGGCCGCGGGAAGAGCCAGUGCGGAGCGAGAAGAAGGGAGGGGGUGUUGCGGCGCAGGGGGGCGAGGGCAGGGCGGAGGAGGCGCGGGGGCAGGAUGCGGGAGUGCAGGCUCGUAGCGAGAGCGCCCCGGCGCGGGCGGGGCGGAGGGAGGCCCCCCGGGAGGAGUCCCAACCGGCGCAAGCGCAGGGGGGGGGUAUCAUGGGCGCAAUCAAGAGGUUGUUCGGAUGGAAGUGA